AUGUGGCAAGCCGUGGAUUCGGGCUUCGGGGACGACGUCGUCCUGCUCCGCAACGUCGGCGGCCGCUACCUCCGCGCCAACGGCAGGUUCCUCCGCUGGAACGCCGGCGUCAGCGUCGACAACAGCGUCAGCUCCAUGAUGUACUGGGUCGUCGAGCCCAUCCCCGCCAGAGAGGACAUGCCUGCCCUUCCUGCCCCGCCUCCGAAUCCCCCAUACGGAUACCUCCUCGGGGUCAUCCACCUGGAGCCGGCACGGCUGAUCCGGUUCGUGCGAGCGCUCGACAACGGGCACUUCCCCGACGACCCCGAGCACGAAGCCUGGCGCCAGUUCUGGUUCCGGGGGAGGUCCGCGUUUCGCCUGAGGAACGACCUGCGGUUCCUCGUCGGCGCCGGCGUGUACUACCGGAACAUCGCCAUGUGCGUCCGAGCGGGUCGCUACGGGAGGCUGACCCCGCUCGUCGUCGACCUGCCCGACGGCGGCUAUGGCGAGACCCUCGAGAUUGUCCUCAUCCGGGCCGAGACCCCUGCCUACAAUGGGCUGCGACACCCAGAUGUCAACGCGGAGUAG